AUGGAGACCAUUGAGGUGGCGGAUAGAUCCUCAGAUGAAGAUCCCAAGUGGAUGGUUCACGGAGACCAAUUAGAAAUAAACUGCAAAGCACCUGAAUGCGAACAGGUGGUCACAUGUCCAGCAUGGAAGCCUGUGCAGCAUGCACUUACAUGUGUACGGAAAAUUCAGCAAGUCUCAUGA